AUGGUGUGCCUGGGACUCCUCCUCCCCGUGGGCUGGCUCCUCCUCCUCCUCCUCAGCCCAGGGGCCUGUGGGGAGUACGGCGUGGUCCACGUCGUGUCGGACAACUGGAGCAAGGAUUACUGCGUCCUAUACAGUUCCGACUACGUCACCCUUCCCCGGGACCUGCGCCACGCGCCACUCCUGCCCCUGCACGACGGCACCAAGGCAUCGUGGUGCCCCAGUGAGGACUCCUUCCACCACACCCAGGCUAGCUCCUCCAGACAGAGACCCCUCCACCAGACCACCGCCAUGGUCACGCGUGGCAACUGCAGCUUCUAUGCCAAAGGCUGGCUGGCUCAGGGCCAAGGUGCACACGGACUGCUCAUUGUGAGCCGGGCCAACGACCAGCAGUGCCCAGACACUACCCUGAAGCCCCUGGACCCCAGCGAGCCCCGGCCCGGACUCACCAUCCCCGUGGCUGUCAUCAGCUACGCAGACGUGCUGGACAUCCUCAGCCACACUCACGGCGAUGCCAACGUUCGCGUGGCCAUCUACGCGCCCGUCGAGCCCAUCGUUGACUACAACAUGGUGGUCAUCUUCAUCCUAGCAGUGGGCACCGUGGCCGUGGGGGGCUACUGGGCUGGCGUGAUGGAGGCUGACUGGCUACAGCGGCAUCGGCCCCGAGGAGGAGGGGGGCCCGGCGGUCACCGCCACUGGCCAACGUCAGCAGCCCGGAGGCCGCAGGGGCCCCAGGAGGACGACGGCGAUGAUGCCGGCGCACCCGUGGACUUCACGCCGGCCAUGACGUGUGCCGUGGUCACCAUGUCCUGCUCCAUCAUGGCGCUGCUGUACUUCUUCUACGACUGCUUUGUUUAUGUGAUGAUCGCCAUCUUCGGACUGGGCGCCAGCACCGGCCUGUAUAGCUGCCUGGCGCCCCUGGCCCGCCGGCUGCCCCUGCGGCGCUACCAGUGGCCGCUGCCCGGCCGCCAGGUCUACGUGCGGCUGCCGCCGCUGCUCCUCGCCGGCCUGUGCGCGUCGGUGACGGUCCUCUGGGUGGUCCACCGCAACGAGGACCGCUGGGCCUGGCUCCUGCAGGACGUGCUGGGUGUCGCCUACUGCCUCUUCGUUCUGCGGCGCGUGCGGCUGCCCACGCUCAGGAACUGCGCCUCCUUCCUGGUGGCCCUUCUGGCCUUCGACGUCUUCUUCGUCUUCGUCACACCUCUUUUCACCAAGACUGGCGAGAGCAUCAUGGUGGAGGUGGCAUCGGGCCCUAUGGACUCCUCGAGCCGCGAGAGGCUGCCCAUGGUACUCAAAGUGCCCCGGCUAGGCUUCUCCACCUUGACGCUGUGCGACCAGCCCUUCUCCAUCCUCGGCUUCGGCGACAUCGUAGUCCCUGGCUUCCUGGUGGCCUACUGUCACCGCUUCGACGUGCAAGUCCGUGCCCACCAGGUCUACUACGUGGCUUGCACCGUGGCCUACGCCGUGGGUCUGCUGGUCACCUUUGUCGCCAUGGUUCUCAUGGAGAUGGGCCAGCCUGCCCUGCUCUACUUGGUGUCCAGCACCCUGCUCACCAGCCUGGCUGUGGCUGCCUGCCGCCGAGAGCUCACACUCUUUUGGACCGGUCAGGGCAGAACCAACGCACCUGCAGGGUCUGCAGCGGGCGCCUACAUCGCUCCCAAAGCAAGCGCCAAGCUGAGACCGUGGGCCAGGGCGGACGGCCGUGCGGCCAGCGAGGCUGAGGGGACUGCUGAGCAUGGAGGAGGGGGCCUAGACAGCCACCCCGAGGAAGACCUCACCGAGAUGGCCGCCGUAUCUGAGGAUCAAGCCACCAGUGCAGAGGACCACAGUGAGAGCUCCGGAGGCUGGAGUGACGCCAACCUGGAUCCUGAUGAGUUGUCUCUUCCCUCCCGGGAGGCCUCGGAGGAGCUGAUGCCACUGGCCCUGUUGAUACCACUGGUCCCAAUAACACCACCAGCCUCAGAGCUGGGCAAUACCCACACCCAGGCCCAGGCUCAUGAUGCCAACCUGCCCUGGAUGGGACUGCACAAGAGGAAGGGCGUAAGAGUUAAGAAGACCAUGUCCUCCUCCCAGGCUCCCCUGUGA